UUUCAGGUAAAGAAAAGAUUCUCCGGCACUUCAGUUUCUUGCCUAACACCUCUACCAAAGAAGAAGAAGAACGAAAUAAAGAGAAAAAGAAGAAAGAAAAAGAAAAGAAAAGAAAAUCUGUUUUUCUUUUUCCUUUCUGAUAAUAAAAGGGUACUAUCUCUACAUCAGAAUAUGAUGAGGCUUGUAUCCAGGAGAAGUUACCUGGCUUUGAAAGAAUGGUGUGUGGAGAAUACGAUCAGGCGAUUUUCGACCGAGUCUGCCAGGUUGGCUGGCAAGGUGGUGCUGAUCACCGGCGGGGCAAGUGGAAUCGGAAGAGCUACAGCAACGGAAUUCAUCCGCAAUGGUGCCAAAGUCAUCAUCGCUGACAUCCAACAAAAACUUGGGGAGGAAACAGCGACGGAGCUUGGACCAAAUGCCACCUUUGUUCAUUGCAACGUCACCCAGGAAACCGACGUCUCUGGCGCCGUCGAUGUUGCUGUCUCAAAACACGGUCACCUUGAUGUCAUGUACAAUAAUGCCGGGAUCUCAGGUACCGUUAUCUCCGGAAUCGUCGAUCUUGACAUGGAAGAAUUUGACCGGGUCAUGAACAUCAAUGUUCGUGGUGUGAUCAUGGGGAUCAAACACGCGGCCCGCGUCAUGGUCCCACGCCAAACAGGAUGUAUACUCUGCACGGCUAGCGUGACCGGGAUCUUGGGUGGGCUUGCACACCAUUCCUACUCACUCUCCAAAUUUGCCGUUGUGGGGAUUGUGAAGUCGGUUGCCGCAGAUCUCUGCAAGCACGGAAUUCGGGUGAAUUGCAUUUCACCUCCUGCUCUGCCGACGCCGCUGGCAAUAUCUGGAAUGCUGGAGUUUUACCCAGGGCUUGAUGUGGGACGGGUGAAGGAGAUCAUUUAUGGGUCUGGCCAGCUGAAAGGGGCGAAAUGCGAGGUCGAAGACAUUGCGAAGGCGGCCCUCUAUCUCGCAUCGGACGAUGGAAAGUAUGUGAGUGGUCACAAUCUGGUGGUGGAUGGAGGCUUCACCACUUACAAGAGUUUUCCCUUGCCGGCAUUGGAUGAGGUGAUGAAGUGAAAUGCCCCCGUUGGAGAAUUUGAAUUUAAAUAAACAUUUUAAGUACAUUGGUUGAUAACGGUUCACAAGGGUAAUUUGGUAAUUGUCUGAUCUAUGUCUGGGUGGAUAGGCACGCAAUUGCCACAAUCUUACUACCCUUCAACAUCAGAUGCUGAAAGGAAGCGCAUACCACUUGAUAUUACAAUCUUAUUGAUGGAAAUAUUUUUGGGCCA